AUGGAUGUGAAUGUGAAUCCGGAUCUUAUUACUGAAGUAUGGCGGUGUGUAAGGACGAGAACUGUAUUUGACGAUGAAUGCAUAAAUGUCGAUGCGAAGUUAAUAAAGGAGUUAUUUUCUGUGUUGGAAGAAUUGAAUCGGCUAACGAAACAUGAUGAUCCUAAUUCUGUAUUGGAGCGUAGCGAUUUUUCCGAUUUGAAUAAGCAACAUAUGUUACGCUUGUGGCAUGCAAAACCGGAUAACGAUAUGAAAUGGGGUAUUGAUGUGGUUGUGGCUAAUUCGAACAUUCGAAAGAGCCUUUAUCCGAAGGUUUGGUUGAUUGUUGAUGGAGAGGAGAUUGAAAUGAAUCUGGAAGUUUUUGCUAAAUUAAGAUUUGAGGUCUCGCGAGCACUGAACCGGAUUGAUCACUACGCAUAA